AUGUUGUUGUACACCGACAUCAUCACCGACGAUGAGAUGUUCUCUGAUGCCUUCCCCAUCAAGCUCGUCGACGACAUCGUUUUCGAGGUAGACUGCCAGAUGGUCACCAUCAAAAAAGGCGCCGACGUCGACAUCGGCGCCAACCCCUCCGCCGAGGAGCAGGACGAGGGUGUCGAGGACGGACAGGAGACCGUCAACAACGUCGUGCACUCCUUCCGUCUCCAGCAGACAUCGUUCGACAAGAAGUCCUACCUCACCUACCUCAAGGGUUACAUGAAGACCGUCAAGGCGAAGCUGGCCGAGACCAACCCCGAGCGCGUGGAGGCGUUCGAGAAGGGUGCCCAGGCGUUCGCGAAGAAGCUUGUGGCCAACUUCAAGGACUUCGAAUUCUACACCGGUGAAUCGAUGAACCCUGAUGGUAUGAUUGCCCUCCUCAACUACCGCGAGGACGGUGUCACCCCCUAUUUCACUUUCUGGAAGGACGGUUUGAAGGAGGUCAAGCUCUAA